GGGCGGCGGCUGCGGGCGGAGUUGGGCAACCUGUUGGCGCGGCGCGGCGCGGCGCGGCUCGGCUCGGCGCGGAGCGGAGCGGGCAGGGGAUGGCAGCGGGCAGCCCCGGCCCCCCGGCGGCGCUGAGCUGAGCGGGGCCGGGGCCACGGUGCGAGCGCCGAGCCGGGCAGCCCCCGCCCCGGCCCCGGCCAUGCCGCCGCUCGCCCUCGCCCUGCUGCCGCCGCUGCUGCUGGUGCUGGUGCCGGGCGCUUGCCCCGCGCUGGCCCCGGCGGGACGGGGCCGCAUCCCGCCCGCGCUGCCGGAGCCCGCGCUGCCGGGGCCGGGGCUGGUGCGGAGCCGGCGAGGAGCCGCGGGCGCCGCGAACCGCUCUGCGGGCGGCGGGGAGGGGGCCGGCGAGGGCGCCCCGCUGGCGCUGCCCUUCAAUGGCUCGGCCGUCCCGCGGCGCAACGGGAGCGGCGGGGCGCGGCGAGCCCGGCUCAGGAACCCCUUCUACCCGCUCAGCCCGGAGUCGUACGGCGCCUACGCCGUCAUGUGCCUGUCCGUGGUCAUCUUCGGCACCGGGAUCCUGGGCAACAUGGCCGUGAUGUGCAUCGUGUGCCACAACUACUACAUGCGCAGCAUCUCCAACUCCCUGCUGGCCAACCUGGCCUUCUGGGACUUCCUCGUGCUCUUCUUCUGCCUCCCGCUCGUCAUCUUCCAGGAGCUCACCAAGAAGUGGCUGCUGGAGGACUUCUCCUGCAAGGUGGUGCCCUACAUCGAGGUAGCCUCUCUGGGAGUCACUACAUUCACACUGUGUGCCCUAUGUAUAGACCGAUUUCGGGCUGCCACUAAUGUACAGAUGUACUAUGAGAUGAUUGAAAACUGCACAUCAACUACUGCCAAACUAGCUGUUAUAUGGGUUGGUGCUUUGCUUUUGGCACUUCCGGAGGUAGUGCUACGUCAGUUGACAAAGGAAGACCCUGAAUUUAGUGGCAGUCUGCCAGGGGAGCGAUGCGUGGUAAAGAUUUCCACUGAAUUACCUGAUACCAUUUAUGUAUUAGCUCUCACAUACGAUGGUGCAAGACUCUGGUGGUAUUUUGGCUGUUACUUUUGCUUACCUACCCUCUUCACUAUUACCUGCUCCCUAGUAACAGCAAGAAAAAUCAGAAGAGCAGAGAAGGCAUGUACAAGAGGCAACAAGCGACAGAUUCAACUGGAAAGUCAGAUGAACUGCACCGUGGUGGCUUUGACCAUUUUAUAUGGGUUUUGCAUCAUUCCUGAAAAUAUCUGCAACAUUGUGACUGCCUACAUGUCCACAGGGGUCUCUCAGCAGACUAUGGAUCUCCUCCAUCUCAUCAGUCAAUUUCUUUUGUUCUUUAAGUCAUGUGUUACCCCAGUCGUCCUCUUCUGUCUUUGCAAACCUUUCAGCCGGGCCUUUAUGGAGUGUUGUUGUUGUUGCUGUGAAGAAUGCAUCCAGAAGUCUUCAACGGUAACGAGUGAUGACAAUGACAAUGAGUACACCACAGAACUUGAACUAUCCCCUUUUAGUACCAUCCGCAGAGAAAUGUCAACCUUUGCUUCUGUUGGGACUCACUGCUAACUAACUUUAUGGCUUUAUUUUUAGUAUUUUUCUUUAUUUUAUUUUUAACCGUAUUUUCCUUGUUGGAAUAAAAUACAAGAAAAAAUCUUGAUGGUAAAAACUGCUGUGCACGCCAAUUCCCAUAUUAACAGUUGUGCUUUGGAAAAUGAUUUCUGUUUUAGUUCUCAAAAUAAGAGAAAAAGAGCUGGUGUGCGUUUUUAAAAGCAUUAAAUUGGUCUGGUGCUAGUCUUUUUCUGUGUGGGGAUGAAGAAACCAUGUCACUCCAUCUGAUUUAAUUUCUUGCUAGUUUAUUUGAUAAUCACUGUAACUUGAUUGCAUAGAUGCAUUUGUGGGUUUUUGCAAAAUGUUUAAUGUAAAAGAUGUGGUGGAAAGUAUUUGAAGUUAGUUUAAUCCCAUUUACUGUACACCAUUGUGAGAUGAUUUGGAGUUUGGAAAAUUUACAAAGUAGCAUAAAAAUAAAUGAGAUUUUAUUCUUUA